UCUUCUAACGUUAUCUCUUGCAAUUGAAAACCUACACGUUUUAGCAAUCCCAAGUUUUGUAUACUUGAAACCUUCACCAAGAAAAGAGCACAAGGAAACAAGAGCAAGUCGAUCGUCAUGGAAGGUUUGAUUCCUUUUCUCAUCCAUGCCGUCAGGAAGCAAAAACCCGGCCACCAUUACAAGUCCAUGUCCGUGGGGUCUAGCCGUAGCUACCAUCUGCUAAUGGGACAGUCACAGCAGGAGUCCGUGGAGGGCUCCUCUCACCGUCGAACGAGGUCGGAGUUCCAGCCUCCAACCGUGGGAUUUUUCGAGCAGAGGUCGGGUCUUGAAUUCCUCAGCCCAAAGGGCUACAACAGCGGUUCUUCUAUAAACUACCCUUCAAUGGCUGGAGGGUCAAACGUUGGUUCCUAUGCUCAUCAGCAAACUAAGCUGAAUAAUGUUCAUAUCUCGGAUGUUCGACGCCGAUAGUUCAAACUUCCAACAGUAACAGAAAAAAGGAAAAAGCAAAUUAAGAACUGUUUGGAUAUAUUGAAAUGUGUUAUUCAUUUGUUUAUUUCUUUGGUCUGAUCAACAAGUUUGUGUUGUAAAAGAAGGGUAAAGUUUUUUCGUUGCAAAGGAUGGCUUUGCUUUUAAUUGUACAUUGUUAUAUUUUUUAUAUGAUUGUGAUUACUGAAUAAUGGGUGGUUUUCGAUGUAGCUGUUGAUUACUAUAGAUGAUUAUUUGGAACA